UGUUGCCUGGGAUGUUGCUUAGAAUGUUGCCUGUGGUGUUGCCUCGGACGAUGCCUGGGGUGUUGCCUGUGAUGUUGCCUGGGAUAUUUCCAUGGAUGUUGCCUGGGAUGUUGCCUGGGAUAUUUCCAUGGAUGUUGCCUGGGAUGUUGCUUGGGAUGUUGCCUGGGAUGUUGUCUGGUAUGCUGCCUGGGAUGUUGCAUGGGAUGUUGCCUCUGAUGUUACCUGGGAUGUUGCCUCGGAUAUUUUCUUGGAUGCUGCCUCUAAUGUUGCGGGGGAUGUUGCCUGGAAUGUGUCCUGGGAUGCUGCCUCGGAUGUUGCUUCGGAUAUUUCCUGUGAUGUUGACUGGGAUGUUGCCUGGGACGUUGCCUGGGAUGUUGCUUAGGAUGUUUCCUGGGAUAUUGCCACGAAUAUUGCCUGGGAUGUUGCCUGGGAUAUUGCUUGGGAUGUUGCCUGGGAUGUUGCCUCUGAUGAUGCCUGGGAUGUUGCCUUGGAUGUUGCCUUGGAUGUUGCCUGGGAUGUUGCCUGGGAUGUUGCCUGGGAUGUUACCUAUGAUGUUGCCUGGGAUGUUACCUCGGUUGUUGCUUGGGCUGUUACCUCGGAUGUUGCCUGGGAUGUUGCUUGGGAUGUUGCCUACGAUGCUGCCUGGGAUGUUGCCUAUGAUAUUGCCUGGGAUGUUGCCUGUGAUGUUGCCUGGGAUGUUGUCUGUGAUGUUUCCUGGUAUGUUGCUUGGGAUGUUGCCGUUCGAUGUUGUCUCGGAUGUUGCUUCUGAUGUUUUCUGGGAUGUUGCCCGGGGUGUUGCCUGGGAUGUUACUUUUUAUGUUGCAUGGGAUGUUUCUUGGGAUGUUGCCUCGGAUGUUGCCUCUUAUGUUGCCUCUGAUGUUUCCUGGGUUGUGCCUGGGAUGUUCCCUGUGAUGUUCCCUCUGAUUUUGCGGGGGAUGUUGCCUAGGAUGUUUCCUGGGAUGUUACCUGGGAUGUUGCCUGUGAUGUUUCCCGGGAUGUUGCCUGGGAUUGUGCUCAGGAUGUUGCCUGGUGUGUUACCUCGGAUGAUGCCUGGGAUGUUGCCUGGGAUUUUCAUUGGGAUGUUGCUUCGGAUAUUGCCUGGGAUGUUGCCUUGGAUGUUGCCUCAGUUGUUGUCUCGUAUGUUGCCUGGGAUAUUGCCUGGGAUGUUGCCUCGGAUGUUGCCUGUGAUGUUGCUUCGGAUAUUGCCUAGGAUGUUGCCUGUGAUGUUCUCUGGAAUGUAACCUGGGAUGUUGCCUGGGAUGUUGCCUGGGAU